AUUAAUAUUAUUUAAUCGCAUUAAGUAAUCAAAAUAAAUUAAAGCAUCUUCAAAAUAUGUAAUUUUGAAUAAAGAAUAUCUCUGUAAACAUCUAAAGGCUUGUAUCCAUGAAAAAUGUACAGUGCCAUAUAUUACUAUUGAAGAGAACUCCAAAUCAAUAUUCUUUGUAUUCAUCUUUUAAUGCGUAGUUAAUUUAUCGCUGCUUUUUUUUAGUAAGCUAUAAAACUCUACGCAUUUCUUCAUUUUUGCAUUCACUUCAAAGCAAUAUAUAAGUCACUGUAAUUACCGAGAGGUCAUGAAUCGAUUCUUUCCAGAAAAAUAUCAGUCUUUCAACAGCCAUAUUCCCAACCUCCCGCUUCAGAUAUUGAACAAUUAAGUCGUUUUGCUUCUGGAGGAUAUUGUGAUCAAGCGACAAUCGUUUACUUACAACAUCCUUGUGUAAUAUUAUCCGCCCUAGAAGUCCUAGGAUACAAAGUUGUCGCAUCUUCUAGUACGAGUGUAAAACAAGAUUACAAUGAGUAUAUGUGGACAAUGAGAAAAGAUUUUUCUGAACCUGAACCAGAACCGAUUGUUAAAACAGUAACUGGCGCAGAUUAAUCAAAGUGAGGGCAUUGACAUAACCAAGACGUAUCAUCUCAUCAUUUUCAUCAGACUUCAGCUAUAAUGGUCAAAAAACGGGGAGUUGUUUGGUCUUACUAUGAUAAGAAAGUAGAAGGUUCAACUGUAAUAGCGUUUUGUAAAUUUUGUCAUCGAUCUUACAUACAAAAUGCUACAAGAAUGGAAAAACAUUUAGCCCGUUGUGAAAAGGCAGCUCCAGAUGUUAAACAAUUAUUUUUACGAGUUUCGACCAGUAAAAGGGUAAACCGAGCUCGACUUUUAGGAGCUAAAAUAGGAGGAGAUUGGAUUAAUAAAAAUGGAGAAAUAACUCUUGAUAUUUCCAAUCUCACGGAAGCUGAUAUUGAAGAUAUUAAUGAGUGGAAUAGGCAAAAAGAAGAAAUGGCUAAUAAUGAAGAUGUGCCAGUACAAAGUUUAGAUUUACUUGAAGAAGAUGAUGACCCUGCUGGUUGGUCAGGACAACAGGAAAGUUCACCUUCAAAAUUACAACGAAAAAAUACUGAAUCAAUGAAAACACAUCGAGAGUGGAUAAAAGAAGAUGAUCUUGAGACUGUGACCGUUGAUAAUUAUGAAACUACUGAAGAAGAGCCACAGCUACAGAAUGUAAAUGUUGAACAAGGAAGAGUAUCAGUAAAUCCGCUUUUACAAAGUGUACAAACAAUACCAGCUUCUCCACAUUCACCUUUACAAACUAAAAUUCUACAGGAACAGCUUUUAGAACGACGAGCUUUUAGAAAAAUCGCAGAACUAGAGUUACGCAGAAAAACUCUAGAGUUUGAACGAUUCCAAUGGGAAUAUGAACAUGAAAAAGCUCGUGCUGAGAAACAAUGGGCUCAUGAACUUCGCAUGAUGCAACUCAAAGAAGAACGUGAACGUGUAAUUGUGCAAAGAGAUAUGGAAAUUGCGGAAUAAGAUCGUUUUAACAAUACUAUAUAAUGUUAUUAAUAAUUUAUUACAUUUUUAUCAAUUAUAUAAUUUCAUGUUUUUAUUCUCCAUCGAAAUAUGUUACGAAAAAAUAUUAAAUACAUAAUCAAUUCAUCUGCCAAUUGAAUUAUUGUAAACACAAAUAAAGCGUUUCUUUCUCACUUUUUUGAAUAAUAUCUCAUAUUCAUGAAUAUUAAUAUUCGAAAAUAAUAUUGCCUACAUUUAUAACAAUGUACAUAAAUAUUUUGUAGAAAUAGUAUAAUAACAUAAAAUGAAUAAAAAACGAGCCGACUUCAUGAGUUACAGAUUUUAAAACA